AUGCCAAUCAACCUCUGCAUCCUCACACUCUUCAUCUUUACUUUCCUCUGCCAUGGACAAUCCCAAACCAGUCCUGACAGAUCAAUUCUUCUUGAUUUAAAGAAGCACUUUUCGAACUCACCAAACAUCUCUCAUCACUGGACUUCAUCAUCAGACCACUGUACCUGGCUGGGAAUCACCUGCUGGAAUGGAGUCGUCACCAAAAUUCAGCUUGGCAGGCUAAUCAUCAACCACACAAUCCCACCCUUCAUCUGCGACCUGAAACAUCUUACUCUUCUUGAUCUCAACAACAACAAUAUCCCUGGAUCAUUUCCUGCAUUUCUGUACAAUUGUUCCAACCUUGAAUACUUGGACCUUUCUUUUAACAACCUCAGUGGCAUCAUCCCUGAUGAUAUUAGCCUGCUUUUUCCUCGACUACAGGUUCUUAAACUGUCUUCUAACUGGUUCGUGGGCGGCGUUCCAGCUGGAAUUGAAGGCCUAAAAGGUCUGAAAGAACUUCAGCUAGCUGAGCUGUUCACAAAUGGCUCAUUCCCUCCACAGAUUGGCAACCUGCUGAAUCUUGAAGUUCUUGUUCUUAGCCAGAAUAGUUUCUCACCACAGGAAAUCCCACCAAGUUUUACCCAGUUGAAGAAACUGAGACACCUCUGGAUGAAAGAGGCCAACUUGAUUGGCAAAAUCCCGGAAAAUAUCAGCAGCAUGGAAGCACUAGAGUACCUGGAUUUAUGCAAAAAUGACUUGAGUGGAAACAUUCCAAGUGACUUGUUCCUGCUCAAGAAUUUGACCACGGUUUUCCUCUACACAAACAGAUUGUCUGGGCCUAUUCCCCAUCUAGUUAUGGCAUUGAAUUUGAAUGUAAUUGAUUUUUCUAAUAACUGCUUGACGGGGAGCAUUCCAGAAGACUUCGGAAAGAUGGUAAAGUUGGAAAAUUUGGCCUUGUUCAUGAAUCAAUUAUCAGGGAAAAUACCAGUAGGCAUAGGUAGACUGCCAGCACUGUCUUCUAUUGAACUCUUCAUGAACAAUCUGUCAGGUGAACUUCCGCCAGAUUUAGGUCGAUUUUCAAAGCUUAAAGUUUUUGAUGUCUCCACAAACCAUCUUACAGGAUCACUACCAGAUGGUUUGUGUUAUAAUAAGGUAUUGUAUGGCAUUUAUGCUUUUGACAACAAUCUCACGGGUGAGUUACCAAAAUCACUUGAGGAUUGCAACACCAUGAGUGGAGUCAGGGUUCAGAGAAACAAUCUUUCCGGUACAAUUCCGGAUGGUCUAUGGACAAUUGGGCCUUUGACAGAGUUGCUGAUUAACAAUAACCAGUUCACUGGUCAGCUGCCACAAAAGGUGGCAUCAAAUUUAUCUCUAGUUGAUAUCAGCAACAACCGAUUUUCGGGUGAAAUUCCAUCUGCAAUCUCUUCUUGGAGCAAGCUAGAUACCUUCAGGGCAAGCAAUAAUCUCUUGACAGGUAAAAUUCCUCAAGAACUCACGGCUCUUAGAUCUUUAUCAGUCCUUAUGCUUGAUGGGAAUAUGCUUUCUGGAAAUUUUCCUUCAAAUAUUAUAUCUUGGAAGUCAUUGUCCACAUUGAAAGUCCAGCUCAAAGACCCACCAUGA